AUGGCAAAGGUUGAGGGGGACUUUGGUACUGUCUCCUCGCUGGCCAGGCCAGGCCCUAGCUUCAGCAUCCCCUCGGUCUCCGUGCCCCCCAUCAUUGCCCUGGAAGAUGUCUCCCCCACCUCGAGAAAGGCCACGAGCGUUUGUGCUGGGCCUGGGCGGGGGCAGCUGCCUUUGGGGAAGUUUUGCACCUUAGUGUCCCUGCGGCAGAGGAGGGGGCGCGAGGACAGUGGGAGGCGUUGGGCCCGGUCCCACUACCCGGGGUGGGAGCCAAGGUCCCAAGGACUGGCCUUAGGCCGCUCCGCCUCCUCCGCCCUGCAGCGUGAACGCUGGGAAAGCGAGGCUGCCCCGGGCCUGCAGGCGGCACGAGGCUGCGGAAAGCGAGGCUGGCCCGCACUGCGGGAGGCUGCGCUCUCCGGAGAUGCGGGGCGGGGCGGGGCGGGGCCGGAGCCUCCCCCGCUCCCUCGGCGGGCCGGAGGCGGGCGCUGGCCUGAGCCAAUCAGCGGGGCCGCGCGGCUGAGUGACGGGAGCCCCCCGCCCCUGGCCCGCAGUCGGCGCUGCCUCCGCCCCCUCUCUGUCCAGCGCUCUCGCCUUCGCCUCCCCUUUUUCUCGCUGCUUCCUCUCCAUCGGCAUCUUGCUGCCUUCGCUCUGGUGCCCGGCCGGCCUGCGCGCUGCCUCGUGGGCCGCCGCCGCCUUCGCCCCCGUCUCGCUCCCGUUCCCGCCCGCCGAGCCGCGCUCUCUCCCGUCCCCGGGGCCGCCCUGCCUCCGCGGCCCCCCAUUCAUUGUCCUCCCGCCCCCGCGCGGCCUCCCCCGUCUCCCCUCCUUGCAUCCGUCUCGGGGAGGGGGAGGGGGAGGGGGCCCUCCGGCUCGCGGUCUCUGGCUCUCCUCCCUUCCCGCUUCCACCUUCCUCGGCGUGGAAGUGCUCCCGUUUCCUGCUCCCCCCACCCCCACCCCCGGCCGCCCUUUCCGAGCCGCCGCCGCCCUGGAGCCCUCCGCGGGAGCCGGGAAAGGGGCUCGAAUCCCAGCCCCGCGGGGCGCCUGCUGAUGCUGCAGGGAUGAGCAAGAGGAAGAAUCCUGCCUAAGGGGCCAGUCUCUCGCCUGACCUAAAGGUGCUGCUCCUAUGCUCUGCUCAUUCCUCAGCACUGGAUGCAGGUUGGGAGCUUCAAUGUGUUAUCCCACACACAGCAUGGAGGGAGAGAGGGCGAAAAUUGGGGUCAGUGGGUCGGAAGAGCUGUGUUAUAACUAGCAUGGUGGAUUUGGAAUUGGGAACUUAGGACUCGUUUAAAAUUGAUUUUUAGCCUUGCUAAACCUCAGCUCCUCUACAAUUGGGGAUGAUACUAUCUGUAGUACAGGGUUUUACAAAUGACAAUCUACAAAAUGCUUUGUGAAAUUUACAUAAUUAUAUCGAUAAUUAUUGUCUUUCAGGAGGACCUGACAAUAUCUUGUUCUCAGUGGGCUUGCCCCAAAAAGGUUGUUCCUGUGGUAAACCAUUCAAUGCCUUAUUUCCAAUGUCAAUUCCAAUAAAAUACCGUACACAUCU